AUGCUCGCUAUAUCCCUCCUUGGCCUGAUGCUGCGCUUCGUCGAGACGCUCAUGUUUGUGCCCGCCGUCGGGGAGGUGCUCAUGAUCUUGCGGUAUAUGAUCGUCGACUCGUGGCCGGUGAUGGUGAUCCUCUUUUACUUCACCUUUGUCUGCGCCGUCCUCUUCCAGACGUCGCUCCCCAUGUCGGACAAAUACCAGCACUUCAAUGGGCCGAUGUGGUCGCACGCGCUGUGGGCGGCGCUCGGCGAGUUUCGAUCUCCGUGGGAGAUCGAGUUCAAGGAGAAGUUCUACCACGACAACUAUGCCGAUGCUGGUUGUGGGGAUGCCGAAGAACCUGUCCCGUGCGAGAUGGACGUCCGCACGGCGCUCUUCUUCAACUGGCUGCCGCUCCUCGUGUGGGUCUUUGCCUUCUUCACCACCGUCUACCUCGUCAAUCUGAUGAUUGCAAAGAUGACCACCACGUACGAGACCAUCGCGGGCGACCACAUCUUUUACCUCGCCAUGUUUGAGUCGGAGUUCGUCCUCGAAUACAAGGAUGCGCUCGGUGCGCCGCCCCCCUUCAACAUCAUCGUCCUCCUUGGGCGCGGCCUCGCCUUUGUCAUCAAUCUCGUGCCGCUGCCGCCCGAGAAGUGGGGCCACCGCCUCCGGCGCAGCUACGAGAAGGUGCAGCAGCGCGUCGUCAAGAACUUGAGCACUCGCGUGCACAAGCGCGCGACGGCGCUCAACGGGUACUCGGUCAAGAUGGGCCGCGUCGCCACCAUGCGCAUGCAGGUUCAGCUCUUCCCGCUCGUCAGGCGCCUCGCCGAGGUGACUUUGCACCCGGGGGGCUACACCACGCGCCCCCAGGCCUAA